AUGAUCGUGUUGUGGGUAACACUGCUUGUUCUUCAUCAAGGAUAUACGCUGAUUCCAGUGAUCACAGUUCAACUUGAUGAACCUGCAAACUUCACAUGUGCUUUGUCUGAUGAGAUCAGCAGGAAAAAUGUCCACUGGUACAAGCAGAGUGCCGGUGAUACUCUGCAAUUAAUUGUGAAACUGAGUCAGUAUAAAGAACCUGAGUAUGCACCAGAGUUUUCUCCUUCAAAAUUGAAGGCACAUAGAGAUAAGAAUAUUAGUAACCUGACCAUUUUGAGGACAACCCAAGAAGACGAGGGAAUGUACCACUGUGGAGUCACUGACUGGAUUAAUACUGAAUGGAGCGGGACAUAUUUGCUAAUAAAAGGAAACACUGAAAGGACAUCAAACUAUACUGUUGUUCAGGGGUCAACAGUAUCCGAUCCAGUCCAUCCAGGAGACUCUGUGACUCUCCAGUGUUCAGUCCUCUCUGACUCUGGGAACAAGACGUGUUCAGGAAGACACAGUGUUUACUGGUUCAGAACCGGAACAAAUGCAUCUCAUCCAGACUUCAUCUACACUGAUGGAAGUAGCCCUGAUGAAUGUAGAAAGAAAUCUGACAUGAAAUUGUCUCCAAAGAGCUGUGACUAUCACCUCUCUAAAAACGUCAGCUCCUCUGAUGCUGGGACGUAUUACUGCGCUGUGGCCACAUGUGGAAAGAUAUUAUUUGGAAAUGGAAUUAAUCCUGAACUUGUGCAAAAAACACAUUCACUAUUUAUUGAAAUAGUGAUAUUAAUAGUCUGCUUGGCCGUUUCCAUUGUUGCAAAUAUCGUCCUCAUCUGCCACCGAAGUGUACGUGAGCAAUAUAAUGGAAAGAAAAGCACUAUUUCAGAAGCUCAACAUGACAACUUGUGCCAACCAGUACAUGAUACUAUUGAAGCUGAUGAUACAAUGAACUACGCUGCACUGAAUUUCUCUGAAAGAAAAGCAAAGAGAGGAAGAAAGAAGAGAGAGUUUUCAGAGGACAGUGUGUACUCUCAAGUUAAAUGUUGA